GUAGCGUGCAUAGAUGGCUCGUGAAAUGCUAAAAACAGUGCACAAAUCGUCGACGCGAUCAAGGCAGAUAGCAGAUUAGCAGAGCUCAGCGGGCGUUGCAGCAUCAGCCAGUGCUGGAUCGGCAAAUCUUGAGAGGCGAGAUGUCGACGUAAGAAUAAGAAGACUUUCUCUGGGGAUGGAGUUGCUGGUUGAUGUUCUCACUGUGAAGCUCUGCGCGUUUGGUUGCAAGUGCUGCGUCAUACAUUUUACUCGUCGCCCACGUAGUCGAAAGCGAAGAAGCAGCUGCAAAGACAGGGUUUUCCCGGUGGAGCGCGCCAAACAGCAGGUGCGAUCGAGUAGAUGGCCUGAGAACAGUCCCACGUCGCCAUCACUGUCUCUUGCGUUCACUACAACCCUGUCAUCCCACGCAUUGUGUCACGGUCGGGUUACCUACCUUUAAUCUGACCUCGUGUGCCUAUUACGGCAUGCGCUUAGUGGCGCUCGCAUGCGAAAUUGAGAUAUAUAUCUG